CUGAUUAUGCAACAAUAAGGAGGACUGGAGAUGCGCGAAAAAUGUUCUACCACCCUGUCUUCUGCGCAUAUUUUAGGAAAAUCAUAAAAUGAUACAUGCCGGGCGCAACAAGCGAUAGAUACAGAAAAGUCUCUUCUAAAGUGAAAAACUAAAAGAUGGCCAAGACUUAUGAUUACCUAUUUAAGCUACUAUUAAUUGGUGAUUCAGGUGUUGGAAAAACCUGUGUGCUAUUUAGGUUUUCCGAGGAUGCUUUUAAUUCAACUUUUAUAUCAACUAUAGGCAUUGACUUUAAAAUACGUACAAUAGAUCUUGAUGGUAAAAAAAUAAAGUUACAAAUAUGGGACACAGCUGGACAAGAAAGAUUCCGAACCAUCACCACAGCAUAUUACAGAGGUGCUAUGGGCAUCAUGUUAGUUUAUGAUAUCACUAAUGAAAAAUCUUUUGAUAAUAUAAGAAACUGGAUCAGAAAUAUUGAAGAACACGCAGCGGCCGAUGUGGAGAAAAUGAUACUAGGUAAUAAAUGUGACAUGAAUGAUAAGAGGCAAGUAUCAACAGAGAGGGGACAAGCGCUAGCAGUCGAAUACAAUGUAAAAUUCAUGGAAACCAGUGCGAAAACUUCUAUCAAUGUAGAAGAAGCGUUCAUCUCGCUAGCAAGGGAUAUCAAGAAAAAAAUGGACAAAAAAUUGGAAAAUCCCAAUGCGACAGGCGAUGGUAAAAUCAAAGUCACAACAGAGACUAACAAACCCAAGAAAAGUGGUUGGAAAUGUACAUUACUGUAAAUAUUAGAAUUUAGUAUGAUUAUGCAAGCCCUUAUAAUACGCCACACUUAGGUGUAACUAGCGUUCAACCUGUUUACUACAUCAUACACGCGAAUUAAGUAAACUGACUGAAAAAAAUUCUUAUUUGCUCUUUUUCUCUGUUGUUGUCUUUCUCUAAGGUUAACCCUAGGAUCAAAUUCAUGAAAAUGGUUCAAUUCUCAAAUUUUGACAUAAAAUAAUUAGUAAUUAAUUAAACUUUUGGAAGCCUGUCCACAGUUUUUAAUCUGGGCAUUUAAAAUUACCAUUCCAGCAAAUUCCUAACUUUUUGCAACGUGUAAAUGACAAAGCUGAAGAAUGGUCAAACGCACCUUGUGUCACCUUGUGGGGCGUUUGACCAUCUUCGUAGGCGCUGUGACAGGCUGUCUUAUGUUAAGAUUUUCAUGUAGAUUUAGGUAAUAACCUUUCAAUACGUUACUUACCUUUUUUUAUAGUUUAAAUGUACAAAUCGUUUUUUGUUGAUGCUAUUAUUGUUAUUAUUGUUAUUAUUUUGUGAUAUAAAAUUAAAAAACUUUGUCUUUGUUUUCAAUGAUGGUUUUUUUGUGUGGUUGAAACACCAUGUGGUAGAGUUUUUUUAUAUUGAUUUGUUCAUGUUCAAUGGUGUGCCAUUAGACCUUUUCGUAUAACUUCCUCAAAAGAAAUUCAUAAUGUUUAGGUAGUAACGAGGCUUACCUUAACAAGUGGAAUUUGCAUCUAGUGGAAUUUUUUUAUUGUGAAUUCUAUUUGUUUUUUUAUUUAACCGAUGACAAUGGUACAAGGAGUCGUGCUUAGGACAGUUUGGGGUCGUGCUUAGGACAUUGUUUGGACUGUAGGUCGAUAUUUGUACUCGUCAUCUCUAAACUUUUCUGAUUCAUCGUAUUUGAACUGUGUGGUUUUUAAGAGUAUACAAGUUUUGUUUUUUGUAUAAGCAAUCGAGUUGCUAAGGACUUAAAACGAAAUUUAGCUUGAAACACUGUAUGAAACUUACUUGUAAACUUAGGGAACUCUAGCCAAAAUCUAGGACUUUUUAGUACAUUGAUUGAACCUACUAAAAAGUCCUUUAAUGAAAGUCUUUCACGUUAAAAUAGCAAGUACAAAGCUAAAAUCUUACAAAUUUUAAGACUACGCUUAGCAACUCGAAACUGGAAUUAAAAAUUUUUCCCUUCGCAACUGAGCCUUCAAUGAAAAAAAGAGUAAAUUUAUUUGUAAAGUCUGUUUGUAAAGGUUUCUCAUUCUUUUAAUGACUUUUGAUUUGUACUGGGUGAGAAUACGGGCGUGUAUAUUUCAAAGCUAUCUUUUUUCUCCUAACUUUUGGUAAAAAUUGUAUAUAUUGGAAAUUUAGUUAUAUCAUCCUAACGAGUAAAUCUCCAUUUUCAUUGUUAUGUCUAGCCUUUUUACAGAUUUCUGCAAGCUGCGUGUUUUUUUACUCAAACUUAUCAUUUUUAAUAUUGUAGUGUUUCAUUGUCAUCUAAGUGCAAAGUCUAUCGGAGGUGGUUCUAGAUUUUACCAUUUUUACGAUAUCGUUUUCGCUUUAUCGAAAUCUGUCAACUGAUUUUUACUUUUUAUUGGUUCACAUUAUUUUAUAACUGAUUUUUUUUUUCAGAUUAUAUAUUAAAUUGUAAAAAAAUCUUAUUUUAUUUAGUAAAGAUUAUGACAGUAUUUUCCCCGAUUGA